AUGAAUUCCGAUCUACCAGUUGCUAUUCGAUCGUACUCGAUUCGCAUCUUCAAUACAGCGAUGAAGUUGGCUUUAGUCUUCGUGUUUGACCUUUCUUUUGGUGUUUUCACACUUUUGGGCGAGAAAAUCCCUCAACAGGUAGAAGACAGCGUUGAAGAGGGAUCUGCAAUGAAGAAUGAUAAAGCCACGAUAAAUUGCUGCCGUUCUGGUUUGCAAAACAGCGUGAAGAGAGAAGCCGGCUCAGGUUAGUUGAAUUGUCUUACUGUCAAUUCUUGGAUUGUUCAGAGUCUUACGAUAGAUAGUAAAAUGAUCACAAAAGUCUAUCGACCGCGCGUGAAGAAACUCUUUUACUCUUUUUGCUCGGCUUAGUCUACUUCAAGCAUUUCUUUGAUUUAUCACAGCCGUAAAAGAAGAGUGGGCAAAACACUGGGCGGGGGGAGUAGACUUUAAAAGGAAGGUUCUGAGCCUGGUGGAUCUGGGUAGAUCUUGGGGAUCCACCGUUUCGGUGAUGUCAUAGAUAAAAAUAGGUUAAAAGAAUAGCCUGUAUUUCCAUGCCCGGGCUUACCCAAACCGUAAGUAAUCCGUCAAUUUACCGAAUAAAUAUUUAGUUUGUUGGGUAAUGUAUAGACAGAUUGACUAACGCAGAAUAGAGUUUGAUUCUACAUGUUACUUAAUGGUAAUGCGUAUUAUGAAGUGGUAUUCUCUGCUAAAUACCUAUCAUCGUAAAGCUAGCCUUACACGCAAACUGAUUUUAAAUGGUCAGCGGUCAGUGUUUUUUAUGAGCCUGCAGUCAGCGGUUUGGUUGCGUGGAGUUGCGUGAGAUCGCUCUUGGAGGUGGAGUCACGUGAUCAGGUGGAGUGGGAAUCGCGCUUGGUUACGUGGAAGGGGUUGGAAUUUCUUCGGAAAACUGGAGAGCUGGACCUCUUCAGGAAGGGUCUGAAAUGGUCGGGACAAAGUUGCUAUGACUGUAAUAUAAAAGUGGGUGACUCAUCUAUCUUUAAUUAGCAUAGGAUGAUCAGUAGGCCGUUACUCAUUCUGUAGUUUGUUUGAUCUUAUUUUAGUCAACUCUUGUCAAAUCGUCCACAUCAUGCGAGUAGAAUUUCUGUCCCCUCGUACGGACACCUACGAGAGCACGCAUGCACAUUACGAUAGUACGUUAAACACUUGUCAUCACAUAUAUGGGACUAGAAUUUCUGUCCACUUAUGCGAAUAUUUACUAAAGUACGCAGGUGCACUUUGGUGGAAAGAUAUUUACCAGCAUUUUAUUAACAAAAGAAACCCAAGUCGUAUUUAUGUGGAAGUGAAUUUUAUGUCCCCUCGUGCACAUUGAAACAUCUUGUCAAAAAAAGACGUACCCAAAACGUGUUUGUACGAAGAGGCUAACCUGUCGUAGUAAGAGUGGAUAUAUAGUACGUAUGUGUAUUUUAACGUCUUGUCAAAACACGUACCAAAGACGUUUUCUUACAAAGUCGCCAGAGUGUGUUUUUGAGCAUGUAUUGUCAACCUUCACCUGCAUUUGGGAGAUAAGCAAUUGUCAAAUCAACCUCAGAGUCUACGAAAACCACACCCACACCCGACAUUCACUGCGCAAUCAACUAAAUACAAUUGACUGAUCAUGAGCUACUCACAGAGCUAAAAAGUACUCUCUGUUUACUCAAUGUUGCUCGGAGCUGCUCUUUAAUAACUCAGAGUUGCUCUGCGUUAGCUGUAAAGGGGCUCGCAAACUACUCUGGCUCUGAGUAUAAUUAACCAGUUAUUUGGUCGAUGUCUUGCUCGGACAGUUCUGUUGACUCACAGCAAUGUUGCUCAUUGGUUGCCCAAAAUUACCCUCACCAUUGAACAGAUGAGAAAGAAUUAUUCCAACAAAUUUUUGUUCAAAAAUAAUUGAUCUUCAUCUCUCAUCCUGAAAUUUCCCAACUUUAUUAAGUGCAAUAUUACAACGUGCAGUGCCUGCACAAUUGAGUGUGGAAAUUCGCUCCUGUCUUUUAGUAACAUAUGAAGGCAGUCAUUGCAGAUCUUAUCUAGAAAUGUUUCAAUUGAUCAUGUGUUUAAACUUUCGUAAAACUUUCUCGUUCGUGCCUCAUAUGUUAAGUUGUCGUCUUCAGUCGAUGUGUCUUUAGGAAUAUCUUUCAGAUCAAACAGACUGUUCAAAAGGUAUUUUCGCUUACUGACGGCAGCUUCCACAGCCUCCGUAUAUUCCAUUUCAUUUUCUUUCAUAAAGCUACGUAAUGUUCUCAUAACAUUUUUGUGCAUCUUAGGUAAUGUAAAGUGUCGUAGCUUUUUGCCGUAAACAGGAAGCAGAAGGUUAGAAGCUUGAGAAUAAUUUGGAAUAAAUGUCACUCAUCUGUACAAUGCUGCGGGCAAUUUUGGGCGACCAACGGGCAACACUGUAUGGAUGAAUGAGAAUUAUUCCAACAAAUUUUUGUCCAAGGGUCACUUGCGUCGCUCCCAAGGGAAUUGAGGUUUCACUGUAUUUAAAAGAGCCUUUGCUUAAAAUUUUUCGAACAGACGCACCUUAUGGCUAGGGUAUAUGAGUGAUACCACUUCUUAAAGGGAGGUAUAUCUUUUGAAAAUGGUAUAUAAAAGGGUAAGGAGUUGGAUCCAUAGACAGCGCCUCUUUGGUAAAACUUUACUAAGUAGUUCCCUGGGGGAGUAGCCUCCGAAAAUUACCUUCACCCUCUCGCGAAACGCAACCUGGGUUUAGAAGAAUGCUCUCAACUGAGACAGCUGUCGCACAUCUCGCUGAUGAGAGUCUCAUGAAUGCGAAAAGGGCCUAGUCGUGGGUUCCAUGUUCAUCGACCUGACUAAGGCUUUUGACACAGUUAACCAUGACAUUUAGAUUAGUAAUAAAUUAAAUUAUUAUUACGUAUAAAAAAUGAAAGCCUUCCAAAGCUUAAGGACUAUUUCUCGGGAAGAAAACAGCUGAUGUGUAUCGAUUCUCAGUCCUUUGAAGAGCUUGCCGUUACUUCUAAAGUGCCGCAGGGGUCCAUCCUUGGACUCCUAUUGUUUAUUAUUGUCAAUUCAGUGUACUGAAUGGUUUAAGGAACAUAAUCUCCUGUUUGCAUAAGCCGUGAAUAUUUCUUUUCUUUAUUUUCUUUCAGUUCGUUGGCGCAAGCUGAAUUCGUCACCAGUUUGUUUUGGGGCCAAAAACAACCACUUCGGAAGAUUCUACGUUCCAGUGAGUAGAUUGGCUGCCAUUAAGCUCGUUCAUCUGUAUGGAUACGUGUCCUGUGAUACACGUCACACCUCUAAUUGGUCUUACUGGGGCUGCGGUGACAAGAUGCAGGCUCAAGUCAGCGUUACCAUAACAACCACCGCCAAUCGGAUUCUUCUGCCACCGAAACAAUUCCUUACGAUUCCUUCCUUAGAGUGGUACAAGAUUCCCGGAUAUAACUCUGUCUCGCCAGAGCUUGUCUUGUCAGUUCUGUCGACUCCCAAUUGGAUAUCUUCAGAGCAGGAAUUACUCUUGUGGUACGGUGAGGACUUGGUGAAUUUUAGCGAAGAAGACAAUGGAGGAACGUACAGUAUGUGUUAA